AUGGUUACGCCGGCAGCCAGCCAAGACCCUCCUGCCAUUCCAGCCAGGCAGAAUGCCAGUGCGACUGCUGCCAUGGCAGUGAAUGCCAAAGACACUGUGGAGCAAGAGCGUAACGUUGUCCUUCUAUUUGGCUGCCAAUGGCUCACGUUCACUGCAUCCGACUUCCGCCAGCUCCGAAAAGCUGUCCUCGAUAAUCCUGAGCUUCACUGGAUGCUCGAUGUUCUAAGCGAAUUGCCAGGCUAUUACCGCGCUGCUGCCGGAACUAGUUGUGUCCCAUCCUUGCGGGCGAUCAGGGGAGAAGAGGACCUUCGGGAGUUGGAAAGAUGGUUCCGAUGCGAUGAUCUAUCCACAGCCAAAUUUCCACUGUGCUAUACACAGCUCGCACCGUUGCUCAUGAUGACCCAUUUUGUGCAGUAUUCACAGUGGCUGAAGAUGCAGCCAAAUGGAAGGAACCCCGUGGUUGAAAUUGUCGGAUUUUGUAUUGGACUCCUGAGCAGUAUUGCAGUCUCUGCGACGAGGAUGGGCAGCCUGAAGAUGUACGGCUCUGUUGCAAUGCGUUUAGCUAUGUUAUUAGGGGCAAUGGGAGAUUUACAGCAAGCUGGGGAAGAGUAUACGUCUCUAGCAAUUGGGUGGAAGCGUCCUGAAUUAGAGGACGAGUUGCCGGCUGAACGAGCACUGACGGAACAGUCAUAUAUUACCGUUCAAUAUGACGAGAACAGAGCAACAAUCAUGGCUCCUCGGCGAAGUGUUGCUGCCCUGCAACAAACUCUCCAGUCUGCUGGAUUUUCAGCCAACGCGGUUGAAUACAAUGGCCGAUAUCACUGGCCAGGCCACGAAAAGAGCCUGACCCCAUUGAUUCAUCUCUGCAAUACUCAUUCCGGUCUUCAACUACCUGACGCAUCAGAGCUGCUCCACCCUCCGCGUGCAAACAGCACUGCAGAACCGGUUCGUUCGGGCUGCCUCCACGAGCUGGUCCUCCGCGCUGUCCUUGCUCAACAGUGUCUGUGGCACAAGACUUUCUCUGCCGUAUACCGAGAACAUCUCACCACACCCAGCUCUAUAGUCGUCGAGUUCGGGCCGGAACGAUGCGUGCCCCCGACACUGUUUCGCCGUCUUCCACAACGCAUCGUCCACUUCGCUGAUGUAGAGCUUCCGGCCACCAUAAGCCGCGACCAUGAGCUAGCCACGAGGCCCCCGGCAGAAACCGACAUAGCCAUAGUCGGUAUGGCCUGCCGUGUUGCGGGCGCUGAUGACCUUGACGAAUUCUGGGAUCUUUUGUGUUCUGGCCAGUCACAGCACCGCGAGAUGCCACGAGAAAGAUACGCAAACUACGAGACUCCUUGGCGCCCUGAGGCGAGUCAUCGCUCAUGGCUCGGUAAUUUUGUCCGCGAUAUUGAUGCCUUUGACCACAAGUUCUUCAGGAAAUCACCGCGGGAAGCGAUGUCACAGGAUCCCCAGCAACGGCUCAUGCUUCAAGUCGCCUAUCAAGCGCUGGAGUCAGCAGGCUACUUUUCCCAACCAUCCCCAGGAAAAGAUAUAGGAUGCUUUAUUGCAACCUGUACAGUGGACUACGAACACAACGUGAAUUGCCAUCCAGCUUCCGCCUAUGCAGCGACAGGGCUGUUGAGAAGCUUCCUAGCCGGAAAACUCUCACAUCACUUUGGGUGGCGGGGCCCCUCACUAUGUGUGGAUACAGCGUGUUCUGGCUCUGCUGUAGCAUUGCAUCAUGCAUGUCGGGCAAUACUGAGCGGCGAUUGCACGGCCGCCCUGGUGGGCGGCGCCAAUGCCAUCACCAGUCCUCUCGCAUAUGAUAAUCUCGCAGGGGCAUCAUUUCUUUCGCCUACAGGUCCGUGUAAGCCAUUUGACGCGAAGGCUGACGGUUAUUGUCGCGGUGAAGGCUUCGCAGCGAUCUAUAUCAAAAAGUUAUCACACGCAAUUGCAGAUGGAGAUCAGGUCCUGGCAACUAUUGCAAGUACAGCUGUGGAACAGAAUGACAACUGUACACCUAUUGUUGUGCCGGACACUGCUUCGUUGGCUGGUCUGUUUAAGAAGGUAACGCAGCGUGCGCAUCUUCACUCAAGGGACAUCAGUAUCGUCGAAGCUCAUGGAACAGGCACUCAAGCUGGGGAUCCAGCCGAGUAUGAGAGCGUGCGGGACGUGCUAGGUGGUCCAAGGAGGGUAGGGAAUUUAGCUUUAGGCUCUGUAAAAGGCCUGGUCGGGCACACUGAGGGUGUAUCCGGAAUUAUUGCCCUGUGCAAGGUCGUCCUGAUGAUCCUGAACGGACAGAUCCCUCCUCAACCCGGGUUCCAUUCUCUGAAUCCACAUAUCAGGGCCAUGCCAGACGACCAUAUCGAGAUAGGAACAAGAGUCAAACCUUGGGAAGUUGGAUUUCGCGCAGCGCUGAUAAACAAUUAUGGAGCUUGUGGGUCUAAUGCAUCAAUGGUCAUCACACAGGGACCGCAAAAGGAUGAAGUUCAAGAACGGGGUAUUCACGCAGAAAAUGUUGCGCUGCCGUUUCGCGUGUGCGGUUUAGACAAGGCCCGUCUGCAGGCAUAUGCGGCACGUUUGCGGAGGUUCCUCUCUCGCUCAGAGCGAGGCAUAUCUUUUGCUAAUAUCGCGUUCAAUCUCACGCGAAAAUCGAACCCGGCCCUGGAGUGCCAGUGCGUCUUCCAAACCCGAUCAGAGUCGGAGCUUAAAGACAUCCUGACUGGUCUGGAGGAAGGGGACAAUAAAUAUAUAAUUCAAGUGAAGAAACCCAAACGCCCACUGGUGUUGUGUUUUGGAGGACAGGUAGGGAGAAGUAUUGGACUCGACCGCACGUUCUAUAACGCAUUUCCUUUGUUCAAACAUCAUCUCGACUCCUGUGAUGAUAUUCUUAAAGCGAAUGGGGAUUCAAGCAUCUACCCUGGUAUAUUUGCAACGGCCCCCGUACUGGAUAUUGUGCAGCUCCAUACGCAGCUUUUUGCAUUGCAGUAUGCUUGCGCUCGCAGCUGGAUGGAUUGUGGAGUGGAGGUCACAGCGGUUAUAGGCCACAGCUUCGGCGAGCUAACAGCAUUGUGUAUAUCUGGCGCGCUGUCUCUACCAGACGCCUUGACUCUUAUCGUGCGCCGUGCUGUUCUGAUCCGUGACAAAUGGGGUGCUGACCCGGGUGCUAUGCUCGCCGUAGAAGGAGACAGGUCUACCUUGGAGAAACACCUUGAAUCGUCCUCCGCAAACAUAGCAUGCUUUAAUGGCCCUCGAAGUUUUACCGUCGCAGGGCCUACCGCAGUUAUUGACUUCCUUCAGGAAGAACUGGGGGCUGAUUCCGCAUUUCGACUGAAGCGCCUUGAGGUCACAAAUGCUUUCCAUUCCACCCUGGUGGACCCGUUGCUUCCUGCACUCGCAAGUGCCAUAGAUGGUUUAGCUCUUAACACCGCAACUAUUCCGAUCGAGCGUGCUACUGAACACCAAGCAGCAGAUACAAUACCGUUGAGCAUCGUGGCAGACCAUCUCCGUCAGCCUGUUUAUUUCAAUAAUGCUGUACAGCGCCUCGCUGCACGUCAUGGCCCUGCUAUCUGGCUUGAGGCAGGCUCCAACUCCACGAUUACCUCGCUAGCACGGAGAGCGCUUGGUUUGGGCGUCUCUGGCAACACUUUCCAUUCGGUGAAUGUAACAUCCACGUCGGCAUUGAUGAACCUCACUGAUGUCACGGUCGGGCUCUGGAGCGAUAAUGUGCCUUGCACAUUCUGGGGUUAUCACGCUCGCCAAACCAGAGAAUAUGCUCCCCUUUUGCUACCACCUUACCAGUUUGAAAGAACGCGACACUGGAUGGAAAAUAAGCCCCUUCCCUUGAAAUAUAACCAGGCGCAAGCGGUUAUGGAAGUCUCCGGGCAUACAGCCGCGAAGACCGCCCCAAUCGCACCCGCAACUCUGCUGCUUGAUUAUGCAAUCGAGCUGCUCAGAUCUCUUCCCAACAACCAAAGGAAAAUACCCAGAGUGUUUGAUGUCGGGAGUGAUGCGCCACUACUGCUAGAUUCAAACCGCGAGGUGUGGAUCGAGGUUUCCGCUGAAGAUGAUAAAAGGACUUGGGCCUUAAGGUUUCAGAGUCAGACGAAAGGGGGUCAAUCUGACUCCCGGCUUCUACAUUGCACAGCACAUAUAUCGAUGCAUGACGUCCGAUGCUCUAGGUUACAAACCGAGUUCACACAGUACGCAAGGCUAGUCAGCCACGCCAGGUGUGCCGACCUCCUAACAGACCCAGAAGUUGAUGAUAUCCUGCAGGGCCGAAAUGUGUAUCGGUCAUUCGCAGAAAUAGUGGAGUAUUCUGAGCAGUAUCAGGGUGUGAAAAGGCUAGUUGGGAAAGGUAGAGAAAGCGCCGGUCGAGUUGUCAAAUCAUAUUCUGGGAAAACAUGGGCAGAUCCCUUUUUGUGUGACUCCUUCAGCCAGUGUGCUGGGUUUUGGGUGAAUUGCAUGACCGACAGAGCUGAAGACGAAGUUUAUGUCGCGAGUGGAAUUGAGCAGUGGAUGCGCACGCCAUUAUACGCGGAUAUGGCGACUGCUAGGCCGGAUACCUGGCAUGUAUGGGCUCGUCACCAGCAAUCUGAGGGAUUAUAUACAAGCGACGUCUUUGUGUUCACACCUGAUGGAGAGCUGGUGGAGAUGUUUCUCGGCUUGCGGUAUUCGCGCGUAGCAAAAAGCCUGUUUACCCGCCUACUUCGUGGCUCCACGCUGAAAGUUGACUGCAGGACAAAAGAUACUGCUAACCAGGAAAAUAACUCAAUAAAGGAUCUGGUCAGUCGUGUUAAGGCUGUUGUGGCCGAGAUCUGCGCGGUGAAGCCCAGCGAGAUACAGGAUGAUAGUCAUCUAGCCGAUGCGGGCGUUGAUUCGCUGAUGGCAAUGGAGCUUGCCCGCGAAUUAGAGGUUGCCUUCAAAUGCACGAUAGCUUUGGAGGCGCUCGUUGAGGCAGAGACAUUUCAUGAUCUUGUGCAAGCGGUUCAAAGUGCACUGGGAGAGACGUAUGAAGACUCCAGCGUUUGCAGUGGCAACCAGUGCAGCACAACUGACGAGGCCACCGAAUUCCCUAGCACUAGCUGGUCAAUUACAAGUGUAUCCGAUACGGCAGACUUGGUACUACCGCUUGAUGGCGUACUGGAUGCUCUGGAUGAAACCAAAGGACUGACCGAUCAGUUCCUAGCGGACAAUAAAUGCAGUGGUCGUCUUCUCAACUUCACUCCUUUGAUGGUUGAAAUGUGCAUUGUAUUGACACUGGAAGCAUUGGAGGAAUUGGGGAGCAACAUCCGAUCUGCUCGUGCAAACGACCGCCUCCCGCGCAUUGAAUUUGAUACGCAGCACGGCCCACUAGUUGAGUACCUAUACGGGCGGCUAUUGGAGGCGGGAUUGAUAAAACUAGACGGAUCGACAGUCAUUCGCACGGAGAUCUGCGCUCCAACAGAAUCGAGCAGUACACUUCUCCACAAGAUCGAACGCGAGUACCCAGAAUAUGGCGGUGCAAGUAAACUCACCUUCUACACUGGCAGUAGACUUGCCUCGGUUCUGCGCGGGGAGCAGGACGGGCUGCAGCUCAUCUUCGGCACAGCGGAGGGCCAGCGGCUUGUAUCGUGGAUGUAUGGCGAUGAGCCGCAUAAUGUGGCGGGUUACAAGCUAAUGGGAGAGUUUAUCCGGCGACUUGUCGACAAGCUACCUCCAGCCGCAGCCAGAGAAGGGAUGACCUUGAGAAUUCUCGAAAUGGGUGCAGGCACAGGUGGUGGCACGAAGUGGAUGCUUCCUCUGCUGGCAGCGCUUCCAGUUCCGGUAGAAUAUACCUUUAGCGACAUAUCCCCCGCAUUUCUAGCUCAGGCGCGACGCAAAUUUCGCGACUAUCAAUUUGUCCGGUAUUGCGUGCAUGAUAUCGAAAAACCGCCAUCAGAGGACCUAGGAAAAUACCAUAUCAUCAUGGCGAGCAAUGCGGUCCAUGCGACCUCAAAUCUGCAGGUGUCCACGGGUAAUAUGCGACAGGCCCUGCGACCGGAUGGCGUGUUGAUGUUGCUAGAGAUGACUAGGCCGGUUUUUGCGAUAGACCUGGUAUUCGGGUUAUUUCGUGGCUGGUGGGUUUUCAACGAUGGACGGACGCAUGCAAUUACCAACGAGCAACGGUGGAAAGACGACCUGCAAGCAGUAGGAUACGGUCACGUCGAUUGGACGGACGGCGAAUCCAACGAGGUCGGCGUCCAGCGUGUAAUUUUUGCUACUGCCGGAGGAGAGCAAUAUCACCCGGUCUCGCCCCAAGAGGAUGCCGCAAGACUGCGGACAGUGGUGGAGUAUGUUUACCAACACACCGCAGGCUUUACAAUGCCAGCAUUGCCGCCACGGAUCAGAGCUCCAGCUAACCAUGCAUGCAUUUUAGUCACUGGGGCCACAGGUAGCCUUGGUAGCCAUUUGGUUGCGCGCCUCGUACAGCUUUCGAAUGUUCAAGCUGUUAUCUGCCUGAACCGGGUAAGCCGAAUGGGGCCGCGGGUUCGACAAAAGGAAGCAGUGGCGGCGCGGGGCCUAUCUCUUGAGUCAAAAGAAGAGACCAAACUAAUGGUUAUUGAGACUGACACUGCAAACGACCGUAUGGGACUAUCCGUUGAGCAGUGCAGGUACCUUCAAGAAAACGUAACUCACAUAAUUCACAAUGCUUGGCCCAUGAACGGUGCCGCACCGCUGUCGAAGUUCGAGGGACAGUUCCGUGCGCUGCGAAAUUUGAUCGAUCUGGCUAGAUGCAUUGCCACUGCUCAACGACACCCAGUCCGAUUCCAGUUCAUAUCUUCGAUUGGUACGGUCAAUGGAGGUGGAGCGCUGGAAGAACGUACGCGGAUUGAACAGGUGAUGAGCAACGGGUAUAACGAGGCGAAGUUCGUCUGCGAGCGAAUGAUUCACGAGACGCUGCAGCGGUAUCCGGCAGUAUUCCAGGCAACAAUUGUACGGCCAGGACAGAUUUCUGGAUCCGAGGAAACAGGGUACUGGAACACGGCCGAGCAUUUUCCGGCCAUGGUGAAAUCGUCCCAGAGCCUUGGUGCUUUCCCUUCACUGGCGGGGCGGUUGGGAUGGACGCCAGUAGAUGUAGCAGCUCGUAUUAUCGCCGAACUGCUACUGGACGAGGGAAUCCCCGAGGAAAUCUAUCACGUCGACCAUCCUACAGGUCAGAACUGGACCACUGUCGUAGACGUGCUCGCCGAGGAGCUGGAAGCCACCGAGGUGCCGUUCAAGGAUUGGAUUCAGCGAGUUAGAAACCGUGGUGGCAGCAGGGAGAAUCCAGCAGGGUUUAUGGCAGACUGGCUGGAGACGAAUUUCGAAAGGAUGUCGUGUCAGGGACCGCUAGACACAAGGGUGGCAAGAAGACAUUCCAAAACGUUGAGAGAGAUGGGGGGAGGGGGAGGGGAUGAACACGUGAGGCGGGUUGUCCGCAGUUGGAAGGAGUGCGGUUUCUUAACACAAGCACAGACCAGACAGGGCAUUCCAUGA